AUGGUCAAACUAUGGAAGGCGGAACCUGACAACCAAGCAAAACCGACUAUAUCCUUCGAUAUACUUGAGCAACAGUACUGGCUUCCGGGAGAACACAUGCGGGGGUCUGUCGUUGUCAAAGUGCCAUGUUCAGCAACCAUCUCCAAUGCGAGAAUUGACCUCGAAGGUGCGCGAAGCCGUAUGAAGUAUAAUUCAAACUCCGCUCACGAGCACGCCGCUACAGGCUUGUCACUGAUACACAUUAUCAACAAGGAUCGGAGCACGAGAUUUUCCGCAUACAAAUUUCUCUCACAAAACCACGACGUGCGUUCCAUCCAUAAGGUCAACGAUGAGACCCGGAAGUCUGGCUUUUCAACUUAUCGAAUCCCGUUUGAUUUCAUGGUAUCCCGCACAAUAUCAACGAACGCAGACAAAUCACCAACAAAGAGUCUUGAACUCCCCCCUACAAUGUUAAUUGGUACAGCCAUCUGGAGUUACGACCAUCGCAGAGUUUUCGCGCAACCUAAUAUUUCUUAUCAUUUAGUUGCUAAAGUUGUGCUUUUUGAUCAAUCGACAUCAAAUACGUGGAUUUUGAGGGAAGAAAGGCCCGUCAAGAUCUGGAAGACGUCGUCAAUCAUGCCACCAAUCAGCCUCGAUGACUUUGCUGCAGAAUACACAACAGUUGCCGAGACUCAAUGUGCCCUCCGACCGCUGGACUCGCCCAAACUUCGCUUCCGGGUAUCAACCACAGAACCAGCCGCAAUAGCAUUCAGUUGUCGGAAAUCGGCUCAAACGGCCAAGGUGUAUCUAAGUGCUCGCCUUUCACGACCAACUUCAUACAUGGAUGAACGCCGCUUUCGUAGACUCCUUGCCAAAAUCAAGAUCCAGGUGCAACCAAGUCUACGAGGGAAGACAUUCUACAGUCCAGUCACCUUCGAGAAAAUCCCAGGCCAGACGAUGUUGACUCCAAUGAGCAAUUGCCGGAUGAACGAUGAGGAGGUUCUGCUUGAUGCUGUUAUGGGUCUUCCUGUCAAUCCGGCCGCGGCCGAGGAGAAAGACGAAACAGAUCAAGACCAUCAGAACAUGGAACCGGAUGCCCAUACACAUGCUCCGAAGCUCGAUGCAGUCUGGCAUGGCCACUUCUGUUGCUCUCUAACCAUUCCGCACGGGCUGGUACCAACAUUCUGGAGCACCACGGCAAGUCAACAGUACAGUUUACUGUUAGAUGUGAAAGUUUCUGGCAUCAAAUUACAAGGAAAACUCAGGCUUGAAGUGCCCCUGCAGAUAUUUUAUGAUUUGGGACCUAUCGCAACGCCUUGUGGGCCACUGUGUCGACGUCUGAGGAACGAACAGACGGGGCGACCGCUCAGGGAUUGGGAGGAGAGAGAGGUUUGCACAACGAUUGUCAUGCGCGAUGUAGACGAGGGGAACCCGCCUAUUUAUGUUUGA